AUGGAUUUCGUCAAGAACCUCACCGGCGGCAACAACAACAACAAUGCCAACGCCAACGACCCCACCCAGCAAGCUGCUCCUGAGUCUGGCGGUCUGAUGGGCAAGCUCGACGGUAUGGCAGGUGGCGGUGCCAAGGGCGAGCAGAACGAGGACGGUCUUGACAAGGCUGUCGAUUUUGUCCAGGAGAAGUUCCUCGGUGGAGGCAACCAGAGCAACGAGAGCGCCGCUGAGCAGGCCAAGGACGAGGCCAUCUCCGAUGCCAUCCGCGACCAGUACAAGACCGCCACAGGCAACGAGUUCUUCGUCGCGGACAAGGACAAGAAGUUUGGAGCUUAA